AAUAUGUGAGGAGAGCUGCCGACCAACUUCCCUGAACACACUCAAACCGAAUUGUCAGAGAAGUGUCGGAGAGAUUUCGCUAACGUUGUUAGACGUCUUCAGUCAUGAGGUGCAGCAUUAGGUUAGCCUAUCUGCUGCUGUACAACCUGGUGCAGUUCUCCGGGAACACGUGGAUAUUUGCCAACAUGACGGCCCGAUUCGUCUUCUUCGGGAGAGGUGCUCAGGCGGACACCUUCUACUCGGUGGGGGUAAUCAUGAGUCUGUGUCAGCUGCUGUCUGUGCUGGAGCUGUUCCACAUCGCAGACGGCAUCGAGAAGGGACGACUCUUCCCACGCUUCGUCCAGGUGGCGGAGAGGAACCUGUUGCUGUUCGUGGUGUUCGUCAGUGUGGAGGAGUUCCAGAGCAACCCCCUGGUGUGUGUGCAGUUCUGCCUAUGGAACAUCCUGCAGCUGCUCAGGUAUCCCCAUGGGCUUCUGUGUCUGGUCAGCACUCCCUCAGCUAACACCCUGUGGGCGCGAUACACUCUCAGCAUUCCUGUCUACGUGCUGUCAGUGCUCACCGAGGGGCUCAGUAUUUGGCAGGCGCUGCCGCACUUUGAGGGCGGGCUGUUCUCGGUGCAGCUGGAGGAGCCGGUGCAGGUGCUCGUCUACUUCCCCUACGUGCUCAUGGCCUACCUGCCCCUGCUGGCUACAGCUGCCAGCGUGACCGUGUGGCUUCUGCUGAAGGAGAGGAAACAGCAGCUGGACAGCUGGAACAAGAAGCUCAAGAGGAAGUGACAUCGCUGCGGCUGGCACCUGACUUCCUCUCUGAGGUCUCUGGAAGUUUAUGGAGUUUGAAUGGGAAGACGUGACUUUGUGUGCUCGUGUGCGCCACUACAUGCAUGCAUAUUGUGUCCCAACAAAACACAGAUUUACCUGCAAGUUGCUUCAGAGAAGUACUAGAUCAACGACCACCAAUGAGGGAUUUAGUUAGUAUUUUCAAAAAUACUAAGCUUAGCAUACAAAGCUACCUAGCAUGUUAGCAGAAAUCCUAUGGUUUACUAGCAUGCUAAGAUGAGCAUAAGCGCUAGUGAUUGCUAGUGAGCAAAUCGCUAGCAGCAAGCUAACAACACCGACACCACUGAACUGCCCAAGGUCUGCAACGCAACUCAACAAUGAAAUCUGAUUGGUUUGAACCUUUUGACUAACAAUUGUUUUGUCCAGUCAGAAUCCCAGAAAAUGGUAAAACAAAUAACGUAAUUAUGAAAAGUAUAUCACCCCAAACCAUAUAGAUCAUGAUAAUUUACAGUAUUAAGACAAUCAGCCACAUGACCAUAUGGUUAUCAGCCGUCCCAUUAGAGCUCAUGCACCAUGACCUGCUCCCAUUGGCUAUCAGCCAUCCCGUUAGAGCUCAUGCACCAUGACCUGCUCCCAUUGGCUAUCAGCCGUCCCAUUAGAGCUCAUGCACCAUGACCUGCUCCCAUUGGCUAUCAGCCGUCCCAUUAGAGCUCAUGCACCAUGACCUGCUCCCAUUGGCUAUCAGCCGUCCCAUUAGAGCUCAUGCACCAUGACCUGCUCCCAUUGGCUAUCAGCCGUCCCAUUAGAGCUCAUGCACCAUGACCUGCUCCCAUUGGCUAUCAGCCGUCCCAUUAGAGCUCAUGCACCAUGACCUACUCCCAUUGGCUAUCAGCCGUCCCGUUAGAGCUCAUGCACCAUGACCUACUCCCAUUGGCUAUUAGCCGUCCCGUUAGAGCUCAUGCACCAUGACCUACUCCCAUUGGCUUGAAUGGGGAACAUUACUUUGGUGCUGUCCACCUACAGGAGGCCCCGCCAAAGAUCCUUAAUUAUUGACAAGAUAGAGCAACGUAAUGCAUCUCUAUGGAAGCAAAAUUCGAACAGUUCCUGUCUGCUUAAAGAGGCGUGUUGCAAAGACGUCAUAGUGGGAUAUCGAUCUCUGUCAGAUCGGCAAGCAGUUCAGUUCGAAUGUUAGCAGGUCUUAAAGGGGGAUUAAGCCCCCCCUCCCCCUUGUGAAGACAGAACGCGGAAAUUAUCGAAUGUUUGCACCUCUCGCUCCGCUUUAACCCUCUCUGGCCCCGCCCAGUGAGUCAACUUCCUGCCUCUGAAAAAGAAUGUUGGUGAAUGGGUGAUGUCACAGUCCUGCCAGUCCAGGAUUCUUACAGUAUAUGUCUGUAGACACAUUCAGACACCACAGCUCUAGGAAGGCAGUUCUACUAUCUACAAACUGGAAAGGCCACCCCUAGAACCACACACAGUUCUUCUAGCUACCAACUAGAGAGUACCCCUAGAACCACACACAGUUCCACUAACUACAAACUAGAGAGGGUACCCCUAGAACCACACAGUUCUACUAACUGGAGAGGGUACCCCUAGAACCACACAGUUCUACUAACUACAAACUAGAGAGUACCCCUAGAACCACACACAGUUCCACUAACUACAUACUAGAGGGUACCCCUAGAACCACACACAGUUCUACUAACUACAAACUGGAAAGGCCACCCCUAGAACCACACACAGUUCCACUAACUACAAACUAGAGGGUACCCCUAGAACCACACAGUUCUACUAACUGGAGAGGGUACCUCUAGAACCACACAGUUCUACUAACUGGAGAGGGUACCCCUAGAACCACACAGUUCUACUAACUGGAGAGGGUACCUCUAGAACCACACAGUUCUACUAACUGGAGAGGGUACCUCUAGAACUACACAGUUCCUAGAAGUAAUUAGAAACAGUUCAAAGAACAAAAACGGAAACGAACACGAGAACGGGAACAAAACCAAUUCCACUUGUUCCAGAGUGAAAGCGCUAUUUUCAAUCUUAGGUAGCCGGUUAAUAAUGAUAUUUAUCGUUCCAAUUAACCUCUCUUUGAAUAUCAUUCAAAAGUCCAUAGGUUUGGAAAGUCACCUGCCCACACAGUGUUCCCCAGACCCCUUAUAGGAUAAAAUUAGUCAGAUUUUAUGAAUCAGUGCCCCUGAAUCAAAGGCUAGACCUACACGUUGAUUUUCAUAUCCAACACUAGCUAAUUGCCUUUUCCAAGUACGGUAUGUAACCUAAAUUACUGAAAUAUUGUGUCAAAAUGACAUAUGUUCCUAAUGUCUCUGGAAGCCUAUCUAUAGGCCUGUCAUGCUGUUGGUAGCACCUGGGCAAAGCAAGGACACUUUCUGCACCUGAAGUUAGGCUAUCAGACAAUUAAGAUCUAAUAUUAUUGGCCAUCAGACAUUUAAGAUCGAAUUUUAUAGGCGUAGGCUAGUUGCCUACUUCCAAAUCUUUUUGAAUUUUAAAAAAUGCUGCUUCUGCUGCCAAGGCAUGCAGAUCAGCUAUGGUUCCUAAGCGCAGGGAAAAGACCCCAGAUCAGCUAUGGUUCCUAAGCGCAGGGAAAAGACCCUAGAUCAGCUAUGGUUCCUAAAGACCCUUCCUCAAUAGGCGCUUACAACUUCUAGGAACUGCUGUCAGAGGAACUCUUUAAUCCCCAGUUCCAUGCUGCCCGAAUGCGCACAAAACAGGGUUCUAGGAACUGCAUGUUCUAGGAACUGCGUGUUCUAGGAACUGUGUUCUAAGAACUACAUGUUCUAGGAACUGUGUGUUCUAAUUGGAACUGUAUGUUCUAGGAAUUGUGUUCUAAUAGGAACUCUAUGUUCUAAUAACUACAUGUUCUAGGAACUGUGUAUUCUAAUUGGAACUGUAUGUUCUAGGAAUUGUGUUCUAAUAGGAACUCUAUGUUCUAAGAACUGCAUGUUCUAGGACCUGCAGAAAGUUCCUCCGGUGCGAAAGGGACUGCUCUGAGGCAUCAGUCUCCAUGGAAACCAUUCCUUUGGCCUUGCAUUGCACCAGCAACACACAUACUCUGGAGGGUGCCCUACACACACACACACACACACACACACUGUAAAGUGCUUUAUUAAAUGUAAUGUUUAACGUAAUAUGUUGUAACAGGCCCACGCAGUAGCUUCUGUAUUUCAUUGUGUGUGUGUGUGUGUGUGUGUGUGUGUGUGUGUGUGUGUGUGUGUGUGUGUGUGUGUGUGUGUUCUAUUGCUGUAAGUCAUUUUGGAUAAACGCAUCUACCAAGUGAAUAAAUGUCAAUGUAAAAUGUGUGUGUGAGAGUGAGUAUGUGUGCGUGCGAAUGUGUGUGUGUGUUAAAGUGAAAGUCGCUUUAAAUAGAAUCAUCUGCUAAAUUAAUAAAUGUAAAUAGAAAAUGUGUGCGCGUGCGUAUGUAUGUAUACAGUGUGUGUGUGCGCAUGCGUGGGUAUGUAUACAGUGUGUGUGUGUGUGUGUGUGCGUGUGUGUGCACGUGCGUGUGUAUGUAUACCGUGUGUGUGAAAGUGAAGGUGGCUUUGAAUAGAAUAGUCUGCUAAAUGAAUAAAUGUUGUUAUUGUUAUUUA